AUGGCGAGACCAUUUGAGGAACUGAAACACAUUAACGACUCAAAGGAGCUGUGGAAAAUUGCUGUUCGAAUCCAUCACAAAUGGACCGUUGUUUCGAAGAACAAGGAACAUUUUGAGAUGAUACUAUGCGAUAAAGAGGGAUGUGAUAUUCAAUGUAGAGUUCCUACUAUGUAUAAACAAGCUUUUGAUUCGGUGUUGAUGGUCAAUAGCACAUAUACAAUAUCUAACUUCCAGGUAUCCUUGAAUGAUAUGUUGUUCAAACCUACCGAACACAAAUUCCUGUUGACUUUCACUGGUGGCACUUCUGUAACUGACAUAAACAAGCAUGACAUACCUCCUAAACCCCUGAACUUCACACCUUUUGCUGAAAUUCUAACUGGGAAAUGGAAGAAGGAUGUUUUAAUAGAUGUCAUAGGAAUGGUCUCGGAAAUUGGCUACACCCAGAUUCAAGCUGGAAACAAGAAGCAACAGAUAAAUUUGGUCUUGAAGGAUUUAUGCAAUAACAUCCUUAAUUGUACAUUGUGGGAAGGAUACGCUAUGCAGUUUCAUGAAUUCCAAAAACAAAGAAAAGAUCUUUCUUCACCAACUGUUAUUGUUUUGCAAUUCGCUAAAGUAAAAGAGGAAGGUCUCUUGUCUUUUCUUUUUCUUGAUCGCCAUGUUUAG